CCCCCCCCCCCUUGGUUCGACAUUCGACCUUUUUUUACCCCUCCCCGCCUCUAAUAAAGAAGUCCAAGAGAGACAAGACUAGGACAAUGGGUAGUCAGAAACGAAUAACCAAGGAACUGGCCGAGCUCAUGGAGUCUCCUCCUGACGGCAUUACAGUGGAACUUGCGAGCGAAUCCAACCUAUAUGAAUGGAAAGUGUUUAUGGAUGGGCCAGACAAUUCUCCUUUUCAGAAAGGCAUCUUCCAAGUUAAACUCGUCCUGCCCACAGAAUACCCCUUCAAACCGCCCACGGUAUCCUUCGUGACAAAGAUCUACCAUCCGAAUGUGACAAACGACGACAAAGGCAGCAUGUGUCUGGGGAUGCUCAAGGCCGACGAGUGGAAGCCGAGCUCGAAGCUUGCGGCUGUGCUACAGUUCGCGCGCCAGUUGCUGGAGGAGCCGAUGCCAGAUGAUGCGGUGGAGGGGCGGAUCGCCGAGCAGUACAGGAACGACCGGAAGCGAUACGAGGAGAUUGCGCGGGAGUGGACGAGGAAAUAUGCCACGGCUGCGUAGCUAGCACGUACAUAUGUACAGUACCGUACAUAAGAGGGCGACGAGAGCACAGGCACGAUGCAGUCGCUGGCCGCUGCGUUGAACAGCUAUGACAUGCCAUGCCAUGUUAUUGUUUCGUUCCUACGCUCUUUCAUGUGGUAUGAUAUUGCAUUUGGGCUUGCAUGCAGUGCGAAGAGCCUAUAUAUUGAUUUUCUAGUGACGGAUGCUCACAUUUCAUUUCAUGCUUUUGAAUCGAUUUGGCUUGCAUGUAUGCUACAAUACCUGAAUCUGGAUUGAUGAGAAUAAAUAAGGUCCUUACAAUAGCAGCAUUCUCCAGUUUCAUUCCAGUACCUUUGAUAUUUUCUGUCCACGGGUACUACUACUUACUACCUGGGUACUACUACUAUACAGAGUCCAACACGCUCAAGACAUGGAAAUAACUCUCUAGCUCCAUCAAUCAGUUCUUCUUUCUUUCUUUCUUUCUGUCUGUCGUCUACUCAUCAAAAUCAUUCAAUCAC